UUCGCCAUCAUGAGGAUCUUCUUCAGCUUCGUCCUUCUGGGUCUGGUGUUGGUCAUCGAGGGGCGGGAGAUCCCCCGAAUUGUGGGAGGCUCGGACGCUCCCGAUGGCAAAUAUCCUCACCAGGUGUCCUUAAAAAGAAACGGCCGCCAUUUAUGCGGGGGAUCGAUCUUGAACAAUCGAUGGAUCCUCACAGCUGCUCACUGCCUCGUUGCAGCCUCUGGCAGGACGCUAAACGUAGUCGUAGGUACAAAUCUCCUCAGCGAAGAUGGGGAAGUCUAUCAGUCUGAUUACAUCGUUAGACACGAAAAAUACGACCCAUCACUAAUUCGUAACGACAUCGGCCUCAUCCACGUUAACAAGGACAUUGUUUACAACGAAAAAGUCCAGCCGAUUGCCCUUCCAUCCUCGAAUUUUGAGGACCCGGAACAUCCUGUUCUCCUCAGUGGCUGGGGAACCACAAUCCUGAAUGGCCAGGUCCCAAAUACUCUGCAGGAGAUAAGCCUUAAUGUGAUACCUCUGCAGAAGUGCAGGAAUAUUCAUUGGCAAGUGACUGAGACUAAUAUCUGCACUUUCACAAAGUCAGGAGAGGGUGCUUGUCAUGGUGAUUCUGGCGGUGCUCUGGUUGCUGGCAAUGAACAAGUUGGCAUCGUGUCCUGGGGAUACCCUUGUGCUCGUGGAUAUCCUGAUGUCUUCACUCGCGUUUACACCUACCUCGACUGGAUCAAGAAAGUCAUCGAUGACUACGCUCUCUCUCACCCUAGUCAUUAAUUAAGCUUGCCCCUUUUUUUAUGGACCAAUUGUUAUUGUUUUAUUUGAAAAUCACAUGUUGUUAAUUUAUAUAAAAACUAAAUAAAUGUACCUGUAUUAUAGUUGAACCUAA